AUGCCGAUUUGCGUGUGGGCCAUUCCAGAUGAAAUUGAUCCUGCGGACAUCACGGCUUUAGCUAGUGUACUGCUGCUGGAACCACAAUCCCCUGGUGAUAUCGACAUGGGUCCAGCCUCGAACCCACUUUUCCCUGCGAAAGAGGUUGAAGAAAGUAACAUGUCGCGGUUCUCCUCAACCAUUGGAACAGCCAUCAUGGCAGCACACUUCCAAACCAGUUUUGUGGACUUAGAAGUCCCCUUCGGAGUGGGUCAGCCAGAGGUUCUACAGGCGAUCAGGGAUACUGCCGCCAGCAUCCCCUUUGAGCUUUUCGAUAGCAUCUCUCCAGCUGAGCCAACCCCAUACCGCGGAGUCGUGACCUACGUUGCUCACUCGAGCGCGCUUGAUGGACUAGGGCAGGCUUCGGUCGUUAUCAAUCUCUUACCGACUGGGGGACCUGUCUUUGCGGCCACAUUACCCGCGACACUUCGCUUCUCGGAAUGGGCAAGAUUCAUGUGCCCAAUGCUUCCAGCAGGCACAUUUGAAGUCGACCUCUUCGUCGGCCACAACCGGACUCCGCAUCCCGUUGAUGAGCCGGUAAGACUCUCACACGGCACGGUCCUGACAGUUUGUGAGGUAGGCCAUAUGCACAGGCACUGCCCAACACAGGAAAGGUUGUUGAGGGACCCAUGCCGCUGGAAAACCUCACAUCAUGCAGAGACAGGUAUCACGCCGACCGGCUUCUGUCUUUUGUACAAGUCUCAACGGUGGUUUGUUGAGAGCGAGCCGUCCUCUCACGAACAUUUACACGAGAUCGCAGCGGACACUACUGGUCGUAUCAGGAGCGAAACCCGACUUGAAUUUGCUUCGCAGCCGCCAGUGAGCGACCUGUGCCUACACGGACGCAGAUGUUGGGGUCUUGCUAUGCUAGUUGACCUUCCCCCUCCGGUUGUGGCCAACACACCCCAGGCUGCGGGGUUCAUAGUUUUCCUUGAUUUCAGGCCGCUCGGAGUGAGGCCCUUCGGCUGGCUUCAGUACUCGCCUUCGUUGCACCUCCCCACGGUUCUCACUUCCUUAGAUAAAGAAUUGCCACAAGGAGUUGAGAUCGAAGUUGUUGGCAAGGCUCGCAACGGCUACUAUGUCGAGGUAACUGCAGGUGAGGUCCUAACAUUUCAGGCUGUUCCAGACAGUGAUUACAGCCUCCCUGAUGCUAGUGCCAUGUCAGACCACGUGUCGGAAGACCACAGCAGUUCCGAAGUGUCCUCUUGUGCCGACACUCCGCCUCAAUCUCCUCCAUCUGGUUCUGAGGAAUCUGCAAGGAGCAGAUCUAGCAGAGGAGCCAGAAACGCCAUUGAUGGAGGAAUUGGGGAGAUGCCAACCCUCGAUGUUUUGCCGAGCGCCACUGAUGAAAUAGCGGCAUUCGAGUCUCUACAGCCAGCUGUGCGCACUGCCGCGGAUAUCAAUGCACUUGCCACCAGCCUGCACGUGUCUCCACCUGAUCCUUCCUAUGCAGAUGCCGAUGCACAUAGAGCGGGCUGUAUGUCGGUAGCGGACUUUGUCAUCACGGACUGCACCUUCCAAAUACACAUCCCGCGGUAUAGAAGCAUCACUGUGAAGCACCGUCUUCGCCUGCCAUGCAUGGAGCAGCAUGUUCUGGAAGAACUUGUCACUGCCUCUUCUGACAGGUUACCACCCUUCUUUGACCGACUCGUGCCGACGCAACCUCAGCUUGGCAGAGACUUCGGUUCACUGUUGUUGUUGCCGACCUGGCACAAACUGACAGGCAGGUGCACGGUCCUGUUUGACCUUCAUCAUCUCGGCGGGCCGAUUUUUGCGCAGGUUGUCUCUGGUCCCGUCACCCAUUGGCAAUGCCGACAGAUUGCCGAAAGGUUCAGCACAGGGCCAUGGCAGCUCUAUGUUGCAGGGGCAACGCGCCCCCACAUCGGCACUGAUGACUUUUAUGUCGCUGAUGGAUGGGUACUUCAAUUCAGGGCUGGGGGCACCCCACCACAGUGGUUCGCCUCUCUUGCGCCACGUUUCAGUGGACCUGUGCACUGGCCUGCUGAGCCGUCUGUUCCAGCCAGUGCGUCAGAGGAUCUCAUACUCGCGCUGCAUGGUGACCGCCACACCAUAAUUGAGAUCACAGCCUCAACCGAACAGAGUCUAGCGCAAAGGCUAGCUGACUUGGUCGACAGAGCGCAAGACUCGGCUCUCUUUGUAUGCCCACUCGGGAGUCAACUUAGUGAUGUAUGCUCUGGAGGAUGCAAUUGCAGAGGGGUCGUUGCGAUCCACCCCAUCCGCGAUAAUCCCGAACGGAGCGGCAGACUCCUUUUCCUAGACGGCCGGCCAGCCAAUGAAGGCAUCAUGUUCACCUACACCCAUGAUGUCGAUGACCCGCUUUUGUAUGCCGAAUGGCUUGGACUUAGGUCGCCCACGCUGCAUCACAUCGUCUACGCCCGCGUGCCAAAAACCCAGCAUGAAGAAGCGCCUGAAGGUACGGUCUUCAUUUUUGGAUAUCUGCCAAAUGCGGCACGAGAUGACGAAAGCGCAUCGCAUACCGGCAGCAACUCCGUCCCUCCUGAUGACAGCACAGGCCAUCCGUCGGACGAAGCCGAUGCCCGCCAUGCACCUCCGCAUACGACUGAGUCCAACUCAGACACAGGUACGGACAAUACUGCUGGGCCAAUUGCAGUGCAGUGCUUCACUACCGGCCAGUGGGCCUUUCACGGUUGCUCCUCCCAAUUUGCCUACACGGAGGCUCUUUCUUGCGAGUUGUUCCAUCUGCUCGGCCAGGAUGCUCGACUUGUUUGGACCACUAGGCGCAGGUUUGAGGUCAAGCCCAAGGCUGCCGUUGUCGACACGAUUUCGUGCCAGUUUCACUAUGCCCGUGUUGUCGAAGACGAAUUCCCGUCUACAAAGCCACGACACACACAGGCAAAACUGCUCUCUGAACCACAGGGAACGACGCCGGCAGCCAAUCAGCACAUUGCAUGCCUUCGCACGCUUACCUAUAGCCUCGGGGGCAGGUGGCUCCGAGACCCAGCGCCAGGUUGGAUUGAUGAAGUCAUUGGGCCGGAUUCAUUGGACGAGACUUCUUCAGCCGAAGAAGAAGGUGAGAUCUUCACCACCGUCGGUUGCAUAAUCCUCAAAGAUGGAUAUUCGGCGGAAGUCGCCAGUAUACUUGUUCGCCUUCCAGCCACGACUGAAGAAACCAGGAAAUGCGUUGCGGCUGCCAGGCGUCGAGACCACAGCGAUGCCUUUCCCGCCUUGCUUGAUGUUUUGCCGCAACCAAUCCCUGGGAACAUAGUGUAUUUAGCUGGCCCGCCUUGGGCUUCCGACCAACAUGGCCACUGUUUCAACCUGACCCUCUUGGAUGGUAGGCUGUUCACUGUGCACGCACCUGACUACAUAUCCAGGCACGAAUUGGUCCUCCUUGCCCGUCUUUCACCUGACCGACAGGUAGACGUGUACAUAGGAAGCGACGAGAACCCUCUCAUAGGAGAGGUCCCGGUCCAUCUAUUCCCUGGCGUGCUGAUUUCCUUCCUCCCCGCAGGUGCGGAACUGCCACCCUUGCCUACGCUUGGGGAACAACUCCUCUCCCGCAGUAUGUGGUGUGCCGAGCCUUUUGUACCUGGGGUUGACGAUCCCAACGCGUGUUGUAUAGUCGAUGGCAAUUCUCACCACCUGCACUUCCAUGAUCCACAGCAGCCCCAGCGAUACAGGGAACACAUUGCAAGAGCGGUUGGGAUCAACCUAGGCUUUCUGAACGUGCAUGCCGCACGCCCAGCGCCACCGGACGUUGACCUAUUCGGUUAUAAGUGCCACAGUGUCCUUGCGACAGCAGACAUUAGCCUCUCUGAGGGCGCCCGACAUGACACGCUUGCUCUCCUCGAUUGCAGGCCAAUCCAACGUGGUUGGCGAACAGUGUGUGUACCCAACCAGUCCGUGCCAUUCAGCUCCAUUUUUGAGCUACUUGGCCGAGGAGUGCCCCGUGGAAGAGCUGUACACAUUGACACGCCGAUAGGCCAGGACGGAUGUGUGAGGCUCCAUUCAGGAAAGGUCAUUAUCGUCAGUUUUGUACGAACAGACGGUGACCACCAGCGCCCCAGUGCGCCGGGUACUGGUGAGCUCGCCAGUUCCGCCUCCGAGUAUGGAGGCAAUGAUGGGUCCGAGGCACCUGAGCCUCCUGACCGCGCCGGCGACAGAGUGAUUUCCGAGAGUGGCCAACCUACUGACUCCGCCGCUACGACCAACGGCCUUGUAGAGGUGCCUUUCUUGAUCUUCGCGCAGGACUACUGGCCUGAACUUGUGCUGCCACGGCUCUCUACCGCUUGUGGACAGGCGGAGGCCCUUGAGACUGUUGCCCAAAUACGCCAAGCAGAUGCCCAACGACGCAGUCCGCGCCUUGUUGGGGUCUUUCCGCAACCCCUUUCCCGACAGGCUUGCCUACUUGCCUUGCCAAGGUGGGCAUAUGCAGGCGUUGCGGUGCUGAUAGAUAAUCAGGUCCACCCCAAAGGGAUCUUUGCCAACAUUGUCCUAGCAAAAUGCACGAGAGCCGACAUUUUGACUCUUGCCGCGCUCCCCCCUGAAGACGCUGGCCUAUAUGUCUUUGUGAAAGACGUACCAUGGGCCAUCCCAUCAGACACCGAGGUGUACCCGGCGGAGGGUGAUCUCCUCACCAUAUGCAAUACUCUGUCAGCCCCAGCGGCGUUGGACCUACGGGGACUGCUCUAUUACAGCAGGCACUGGGACUGCAAUCCUACCCUCCCAGGGGACCAGCUAGAUGUCAACUGGGUCCUUGCCAACGGCCCAUGCCGUGCCGCUGCUGUCCCUGCUGAUGCUUUUGCCGCAGACAGUGCUGCUACCGCAGAGGCAAUUGGUCUGACCUCCGGAAGCUUCACUCUGAUCCCGUCAUCACCACCUGUCUCUGACCAUGCUUGGCGGGGACAAGCAUGCCAUAACGUCUUUCUGGCAUGUGAGACAACCGAUCUCCAGGGAAGGCAAUCGGAAAGUGGAGGACUGGCGCCUUAUACUCUUAACCUGCGACCAAUCCUCCUCUAUGUAACAUGGGGACUUGCCCAGUCAGGCAGAGUUGACGUGCUUGAGCUUUGUCAAAGACUCACUCCGCGCUGCCCCACGGAUCACCAUAUUCGAAUCUAUGGAGGGGAGGCCGAACGAGCCACAGAUAAUCAUUUCCGCGCAGUUCGGGCUGGCACUGUACUUCGUGCUGAGUUUCAGCCGAACUACCUCAAUGUCAUUGUACUUCCAGAAACCGAACGUGCCUACGUUUUCACACCAUCUGCGCGCCAUGAUGCGCCUGCUCCCACAAUUGACGAUGGGCCCCAGGCAUCGAGCUCAACACCAGGCGGCUCCACUGCAGUGACCACCAGUACACCGAUUCUCCGAGGAGGAACAUCGCGAACAUGUGCUGGUAACCAUGGGAUCCACCUGUCGAAGGACUCUAUACGAGUUCCAUUGGAGAAGACGACGUACAUGUGUCCUGAAACUAUUCGAGAUGAAAACGCCAUCCGUAAUGGCACAGUUUCGGAUACCCCUGUUUUCCGUCUUUUCCCUAGCACAACCCAGCAGGAUCUCCUAGAUGACUGCCGUCCAGCUCACUCCACACGACCCGCUGUGCAGCGAGCCCUCGGAACAGUUACUUCCGUGGCCGAGCAUACCCUCCCUGCGCUGUUCGCGCUUGCUGUCCUCUACUUUGCUCUUCAUUGUGCUGCGGAUCAGAGGUCCAGGGUAUGGGAUCCACCGAUUCUGCUCGCUAUCUGCAGCGCGGGCUGGCCACACAGCUCCAGGCGACCAACCAGAUUUCUCCUUGUUUGGGGAUUUGCUUGUUAUGCCGUUGGACAAGCUGCUGCUGUGCAACUCCCAUUCCAAGCUUCGAUUAUCACAAACAGAGCUGACAUUGAGCUGCCCACCAUGAAAUCCGUGCAUCAUUUCCCGCCUGCCCGAAGCCACAGGCCUACCCCCACGCCUGCCCGAUCCAACCGUCUUCCAGGCCAUGACCUGGGCCUGGACUGGAAUGAUGUGCACGAGUGCGAAGUGAAUACCCUUGUCACCUUGCUUGAUGAAUCCAUCUUGCAGCCUGAGUCCGAGGUUCUAUACCUCUCCAGUACUCUCGUCGAGACGCUCCAGGAACAUUUUGCAGAAGGCGUCACUAGCCUUUCGCAGAGGCAGAGCACACAGCCAUCCCGCGAGGUACCUAUUGUGCGCCUAGCCCCCCAUGUAGGCCCGAGGUCAUUUGAUCUAACUGGGAUCAACAUGCGGAUAGGGUGCACCUUGGACCAUAUUGCGCAGUUGCUCCACCACGCACCAUGUCCACUGUGGCCACUCCCUGAGCAACACUCUGGAGUCAUUGCAGAAUGGAGGUGUGCAAAUCCUGAUCUCGACGCGAAGCUCGCAGUCGGCGAGUGUAGUGCUGUCAUUGUUUAUACCGAUGGAUCCUUUGAUGGACUGCAUAGUUCGUGGGCUUUCCAUGCGACUGCGCUUUUUGCUGACGGUUGGCAUAAUCUUGGCUGGAUAGGAGACCGUGUUCAGCUCGGUUCCGAUGAGCCCACAUUCAUUGGAGCGCUUUCUCAUGGCGCGUUAGAGGGAGAGUUGUCCGCUCUGUUUUGGUGCCUGACUUGGCUUCUUGCCUUUCCGGCCGCAACCGAAGUCACAAUUUACUCCGACUGCACAACGGCCAUCGGCCUAACGAGCGGCUCCAUUGGCCAAUUUCGGGGGCAUGACAUUGCACACCUUUGCCGUGCUGUAAUGCAAGCUUUACAAGCGGCUAAGGGACCGACACCGGCCGCUCUCCAUCACAUCCGCUCCCACAUAGGCCAUCUAGGCAAUGAGGUCGCGGACCGUCUUGCCAAGCUAUGUUGUGGACCUGCUUCGAGUGGCAGAGCGUGGUCCUCACACCCAAUCUGCACCUUUGUGCGCAGGGGCUGGAUGCCUUGGCUGUGGCUCUUUCUUGAUGCGAACGCUAAUCCGCACGAGUGGCCGAUACAGCUUGCCGAUUCCUUCAUUGAUCAGCCCAGUACAGAGAUUGAGCUGCCCACCCGCCGCGAAUGCGAACAGAUGCUGGGCCUGUCUGCCCCAGUUGAGCCUUCCUCCCACAAGCAAUGGUCCAUCAUUGACGCUGUUCUUCUGACCGUCAACGUGCAGUCCUUGCAUCCGAAAGAGGUCGCUCCAGGGCAAGACUCACCCGCUGCCCCCUUUCACGGGCGUGCGGCCCUUCUCCGCGAGCAGUUUGUCGAGUAUGGCGUUUGCAUUGCGGCCCUUCAGGAGACACGUGCGCCGCGAAACGAGACCAUACAGUCAAAGACUCACAUUAGAUUCUGUAGCGCGUGUGACGAACAGGGCUCCUAUGGUGUUGAACUUUGGUUCUCACGCACAGUGCCCUUCAUGCAACACCCAUCCGCGGAGAUUGCCUUUCAGGUUAGUGACUUUGUUGUGGUCCACUGGGACCCCCGUAUCCUCGCUGUGCGGUUCGCACGGGCCUGCGUCCGGCUGCUGUUUGUUGUCAUUCACGCACCGACGAACUCGUCACCUGAACGUAACAAAUGGUGGCAUGACUUCCGUGGCCUUGUCUGCCGCCUCAAACAGGAUGCGCAGCUGAUCCUUCUGGGAGACUUCAACUUGCAUCUUGAUAGGCCGCAUGCCAAUCGCAUCGGAGAACUUACGUGGCAUUCCCCUGUUCCCCCACCGCAGAUCUUCUACCGGCUUCUGGAGGACGCCGACCAGUGGAUCCUUUUCAUGUUGUCAUCCGGGCCCGACGGACACCUGGCGGUCCCCAGGACGCCUGAGGGCCGGGCGAAACUCCAGCAGAUUUGCCUGUCCCUGCCACAACAACCAUGGGAUAUGGACGUACAUCGCCAUGCUGCCAAAAUCGAAGAGCAUUUUCGUACAUUGCUGCCGGUGGCCUUCCCCACCCAGAGAGCCCGCCAGCAGAAAACGUACUUUACGCCGGUGACCUGGCAGCUACGCAAUCACCGAGCAUGGCUGCGCAAACGCAUACAUGCUGCUUCGGGCUUUGGCCAGAAUUUCUCCCUGGCAUGUGCUUGGAGACAUCUGUCCGCUUUGCGCCACACCAGUGGACAGUUGCGGUCAGCGAUUCGCAGAGACACCAAGGCAUAUCUCCAUGACAUCGCCGUCAAGGCCACGCAAGACCCCACGAAGGACACCGUGCAGCGCCUGCGGAUGCUCACAGGAGGACCUAGAAGGAAACAGAAGGGGAAUCGUCCACUACCUGCCGUUGAAGUCUCCCCAGGGACCUUGGCAUCCACUCACCGAGAGGCCAAGCAGAAAUGGAUUGCGCAUUUCUCUGCAAUCGAGGAUGGCCAUGUGCAGGACCCAAUGGAGUUUGUCCACGGCUGCUAUCAGCGACAACAGGGGAAAGACCUGUCCGACUACUCCAUUGACCCCACCGACAUUCCGAGUCUGCACGAGCUAGAGUCUGCACUUCGCUCAGCAAGCACAGACAGGGCCUACGGACUCGAUGGGAUCCCUGGGGAAGUAUUGCACUAUGGAGGACCCUACAUAGCCAAGGUCGUAUACCAACUCCUGCUUAAGUCUGCGUUCCGCCUCUGCGAGCCAAUCCAGCACAAGGGAGGCACGUUAUACUUUAUCUGGAAGCACAAGGGACCCAAACAAUGCUGCAGCUCCUAUAGGGGUAUUCUAGUGUCUUCGGUUAUCGGAAAGGCGCUGCAUAAGACCGUCCGUAACCGUUGUGCCGCUCCCCUUGCCAACAGCACGGUGCCCUUACAGGUCGGAGGGCUCCCACAGUACCCGGUCACGGUGCCGGCCCACGCAGCUCGCCUGUUUCAGUCAGGCUGUCAGUCGAGACGAAGAUCACAUGCUAUCCUUUUCCUGGAUCUGCAGGAGGCUUUCUACCGCAUUAUCCGCCCACUCAUUACGGGAGAUCACCCGUCCGACUCCGAGGUUGCGCGCAUAUGCGCAGCCGUUCAACUCCCUAGCGGCACCAUGCAUGAGCUCCGGGAAUUCCUUGGAGGCCCUUCACUCCUGAGAGCUGCCGGAUCAAGCGCAUGGGCAGAUGGAGCUGUUGCUGAGUCGUUGCAUGACACGUGGUUCCGACUGCCAGACGAGCCGGAAGUUGUUGUCACACGCACAGGCUCCCGCCCGGGAGACUCGCUCUCGGACAUGGUCUUCUCGUUUCUUUUUGCAAAGGUCCUACAGCAGGUUCGAGGGGCCCUUGAGCGAGCCGAACUUCUUGCACACAUCCCUUGGAGUCCACAUAUGUGCAACCGCAUCCAACCCCUUGACUUUGACCCCCCUCAACAACUUGGAUUGUCGGAUGCAACAUGGAUGGAUGACCUUUCCAUGUUCCUCAUGGGAGAGGAUGCACCUUCUUUGACCAAGGCCCUUGGCUUUGGCACGUCCUCCCUCAUUGACGCUUGCCUCCAGAGGGCGUUGGUGCCCAACCUUUCCAAGGGCAAAACGGAGGCCAUCGUUCAGCUCCAUGGGAAAGGAGCAAAGAGUGAACGCCGUCGCAUUUUUGGAGAGGAUGAUGGAACCUUGCCCCUCUCAUGCAGGCUCUGGCAGGGAGCUAAGCUGCGGGUCGUUCCAGUUUAUAGGCACCUGGGUGGUUUCCUCCAACAUAAUGGUGGUCUUAGACAUGAGAUUGCCUUCAGAUGUGCACAGGCAUGGGACGCCUUCAACAAGCGCAGACGGAAGGUGUUUCAGUCGCCCCUCGUCUCAUCGGCUGACAAGGCAAUCCUCUUUGACAGUCUGAUUUCAACUGUCAUGUUCCAUGGGUCUGGAACCUGGACCAGAAUUACACAGCAGCACAUUGACUCGCUUGACGCUGUCUUAAGACAAAUGGCGUGCCAGAUGUUAAUACCAGCUUACUCUUGCGAGGAUGCGUGGCAUCUUGGGACAGCUUUAGCCAUCGCCAAAGCUGGAAUUCCACGCGCAGCUACGUAUCUGCACGCAUUUCGGCUGCGGUACCUUCUGUCAUGCAUUCGGCUUGAGAUUCCAGAAAUCUGGGCCCUGGCGCAUUGGGAGGUUGAAUGGCUCGGGCUGGUUAGAUCAUCAGUGCAAUGGAUGUGGGAACAUACGGAAACUUCCGGUGACCGGCCCAGCGAUGGGCCUUCCUGGGAGACAUGGGUAAGUGAGUGCCGCACCUCCCCUCGAAAGUGGAAGUCCCGCGUGCGCCGUGCCAUAUUGCAUGCCAUUCACAUUGAACGAUGCCAGUCUGAUUACGACUACCACUGUGGCCUCCUGUGCAAGCAGCUCUGCUUGAUCGGGGCCUGCCCCCCGACAACCAGCCCCCGUACCGACACCAGGUGCGAGAUUUGUGUGAGAUACAUCACCGAGGGCACCCAGUGCCCGCACUGCCUUCGACACUACGCGACCAACGUGCGAGUAGGCAGCCUCAAGGCCCCGAAGGAACACCUGCACUGCGCUCCAACCCUGCAGGCCUCAGGCCCCUCCCAGCCCGCUCUCAACGGACCCAUUAAUGAUGAAAUGGAGCGUCCGUCGGCCGAACUCCUCGAGUGCCUCUCACAUAUUGAUUAUGAUUCCAGGGCCGCCGAGAUACCCGAGGAGGAGUUUUGGGAACGCAUCCGGCUUUCCUUCUCUUCCGUUUGCCUCCCGAUGCGGAGGCUUCACAUCACCCUUGAGGUAUGGGACCGCUCGAUGCAGCAGGGACAGCAUAUGCACUCCCUCGCCGUGAGCAACCGCGUCCGUGACGCACUGCUGUGGCUUCGUUCGGCCGACCUUGCCAGCUGGCUGAUCCAGGAGUCCUUGUGCAGACUGGGGCAGGGUCUGCCAUUGGAUUUCUUGGAGACCCCUGACGAGGCUUGUGGAUUUUGCCUCAGCAUUGUCGGUCUGUGCCAGAUUUCUGACACCAAGUCAUGCCCGGCCUCUGUACGAGCUCGGUCUUCCUCAUCCCUUCACUUAGCAGGGGACAUCACGAGACUUGCCCUUCAACUUUGGUCCAAGGGUGUCAGAACAUGCCUGACUGCUUCAAAGGGAGCGGGCAUCGAUAUCGACAUUUUGUCGCAGCUCAAGGACAUUCGUUCCUUUGAGCAUGCUGGACUCGUCACAUUGUGGACAGGAACAGUUGACGAGCCAGCAUUGUUGUUUCACCAGUGCAAUUAA